AUGGCUUACGUAAUUUACGGCGUUUCGUUAAAACGCAUUAAUCCUAAAGAUUUGGAACCAGCAAAGGCCCGGGCUAAAUACGUUAAAAACCAUAAAUUUAAACGCUUAGUUUGGCAAACGAUCUUUUUAACCGAAAAGAAAAAGGCUUGCUUAAAAGUUUGGCAAAGCAAAAGCGAAAUUACGCAAAGAUUUAAUCCCGAGCUUUUCCAAGCCCUUUCGGUUUUUACCAAAGGUAAUUUUAAAGCC